AUGCAGUUGCUCAGGAUCGCUAUUGGCCUUGGCUUGACCUUGGCCUCGGUUGCCAAAGCCCAGAGUGAGCCGAAGCCUACCAACCCAUCAACCGCCAGCGUAAAGGACGAUGACAUGGGCCCUGCUGCCUUCAUGUGGCCGCCGGACAGAGUUUGGUCAGGAGACAUGGACAACCAGGCACCUUGUGGUUCUCGCUCAGCGGCUGGGAACAGGACAAAGUUUCCCCUUACCGGCGGUGCGGUGGCUCUUGUAGCACAAGAUGAUUACUACAACAGCAAAAUUAGCAUCUCAUACUCCAACGAUCCGCAAACGAAUACGGACUUCACGACGGUUGUUGAAACAACUGAUAUCAACGACUUAAACCCUGGCCACACAUGCGUACAUAUUCCUGACGCCCCUUCACGGUUGACUUCAGGCAGCAAUGCAACCAUCCAAAUUAUUUACAAGGCAGACUGGGAUGCUCCGCACAAUCAGACAUUCUACGCCUGUGCCGACAUCACCUACGUGAAUGCCGUGGACUUCAAAACCCGAAUCCCCUGCUUCAACGCUACGGAGCCUGGGGAGGACGACAAGAAGGCGGCUGCUGGCAAAGAUAAUAACUCUGGUACACCAGCUAGUGGCAGCUCUGGCAGCUCGGGACUCAAAGCCAACGCCUUGGCGGGUAUUAUCGUAGGCUCAAUCGUUGGAGCAGCAGGUUUGGUAGCCAUUGGGGUGUUCUUGUAUCGUCGUAGGGAGCAGAAGAAGCGGAAGUUGCGACUUGCUCAGAUGGAGGAGAAUGCGAGGAAGACUGACUAUCGGGAUGAUGUUGUCAAGGAUAUUAUUUAA